AUGUCAUUGGAAGAGUUCCUAGGGGAUGAUACCCUAGGCGACUCCGUUUGGAACGAAGAUGAUAUCAAUUUGGAUGCAAUCACAAACACAACCAGUAUUGAAGUGUUGAAGCACAGUACGCGGGCUGAGCACGAUAAGGGUAGAGAUGAUCAGGGACGUCCCGGGUACAUGGGCCGUUCGGGCGCCAUGUCGAGAGAGCCAGAGGGGAGAUACGACCCCUACGCGGAACCGGAUCACGACGUCGUAUCAGCAGUACAGAGACCACCGUAUAUUGUGAAGUUCUCCCACUUACCCCCAAGGUUUGCCAAUGCGGACAUCGAGGAACUGUUUCAAGCUAAAUACACCAAAUUCACCAAGUUUAAAAUUUUUUGGGAGAUCAACAAGAACCCUCCGAUCUCGACGUUGAAAUCAGGGUCCGUGUUCGACCAGAACUUCAAGAGAGAUUCCAAAGUGGCCUUUGUGGAAUUAUACACGUCCCGUGAUAUCAACAAGAUUCUGAAGUACUGGGUACAACCAUUGAAGGACAUCUACAAUAUCAACACUGAACCAGCGCAGUUUGAUGACUUCAAGGACUACAUGGCCAAGGGAAACAUUCUGACAGACCCCAAGGAUGACCCUUCGAAGGCGUACAUCGCACCAAAACCGAAGGUCAGCCCAUUUGGAACAGCGAAACCAGUGGACACACAGUCGAAAACCAUGCUCAUUGCCGAAAAAAUGGAGAAAUUACACGUGGAAGAUACAGAAACGCUGAGAAAACUGUCAGAGGAGGAUGUGUUGGAAUCCUUGGAACCGAAGGGAACGCCAUUGAAGAAACCACAAUUGAGUUACUCUCAAGUCGUUGAGAAGUCUGUAAAUGAUUCGAAGAAAAGCACAGCCCACCCGCUGACACAUAGCCACUUCAGCCCAUCGCCUCCCCAAACAAUGCCGCACCUAAACCAGCGGGGGUUUUCCGCGAGGGACCACGGUACAGAUGGCCCAACGAAAUCGUUUGUUGAGAACACUGCGGGCGUAGAUGAAAACGACCCCCAGGUAACUACAUCAACGAGAGAACGGGACAAUACGGGCGACUCAUUUACUUUUAAAAAUGGGAAUAGAGAAGAUUCCCAAAGGAACGGCAGAGGCAAUUCGUACAGGGGCAGAGGUGGAAGUAAUCGUGGUUACGGUUUACUUCCUCGCGGUUCAGGCCGCGGCGGACGUGGUUCCUACCAAUCCAACGGUAGUUCUCGUUUUAACAAUAAUGGUGGUAACGGAAACUACUCGAGACGUGACAACGAUAAUGAUAAUGAGAAGAAUAGCCAGUCUCUAUUUGCACCAGCAAGCGGAUUUCUACAAGAUAACAGCAUGGUGACCAUUGAUAAUGACAACAAGAACAGUGGCCGUGGUGGAUUCCGUGGUAGAGGUCGUGGCCGUGGCCGUGGACGCGGCGGAUUCAGGGGACGAGGAUUCCAUGACUAA